GGGGGCAACUACAACAAAGGGCGGCGGGCGGCAGGCGGCAGUGACCGCGUCUCCUGGUGCUCUUUCAGGCCGAACCUUGGCCCUCCGCCUGCUCCGCUCCAGAUGAAGUGUGAGCACUGCACGCGGAAGGAAUGUAGUAAAAAAACAAAAACCGAUGACCACGAGAAUGCAUCAAUCGAUGUACCAAGUCUGGGCCAUGAGCAUGCAGAGAAGGGAGAAUUCCAUAAGUUGGCUGAUGCCAAGAUAUUUCUGAGUGACUGCCUGGCGUGUGACAGCUGUGUGACUGCGGAGGAAGGGCUCCAGGUUUCCCAGCAGAACGCCAAGGACUUCUUUCGAGUUCUGAACCUUAAUAAGAAAUGUGAUACCUCACAGCACAAGGUGCUGGUAGUGUCGGUGUGUCCUCAGUCUCUGCCUUACUUUGCUGCCAAAUUCCGCCUCAGCGUGACGGAUGCAUCCAGAAGACUCUGCGGCUUCCUUAAAAGUCUUGGGGUGCACUAUGUCUUUGAUACGACAAUCGCUGCGGACUUCAGCAUCCUGGAGAGUCAGAAGGAAUUUGUGCAUCGCUACCGCCAGCACAGUGAGGGGGAGCCCGCGUUACCCAUGCUCAGCUCCGCCUGUCCGGGCUGGGUCCGAUAUGCGGAGCGGGUGCUGGGUCACCCUGUCACCCCCCACCUCUGCACCGCCAAGUCUCCCCAGCAGAUCAUGGGCUCUCUGGUGAAGGAUUACUUCGCCAGACGGCAGAACCUGUCCCCAGACAAGAUUUUCCAUGUUCUCGUGGCCCCUUGCUACGAUAGGAAACUGGAGGCCCUUCGAGAAGAUGUUCCCACAGCUUCACACGGCUCCCGGGGUGCUGACUGCGUGCUAACCUCAGGUGAAAUCAUUCAGAUAAUGGAGCAAAGCGACCUCGUGGCAAAAGACGCAGCGGUUGACACUCUGUUUGGAGGCCUGAACGAGGAGGAGAUGAGGCGCCAUGACGGAGCCAGCUCUGAUGGGUACCUGGCGCACGUCUUCAGACACGCGGCCAAGCAACUGUUUGACGAGGACGUGGGGGAGGUCACCUACCGCACCCUGAGGAACAAAGACUUCCAGGAGGUCACCCUUGAAAAGAAUGGGGAGGUUCUUUUACGCUUCGCUGCUGCGUAUGGCUUUCGAAACAUCCAGAAUGUGGUUCUGAAACUGAAGAAGGGCAAGUUCCCAUACCACUUUGUGGAAGUGCUUGCCUGUGCCGGGGGGUGUCUGAACGGCAGAGGUCAAGCCCAGGCGGAGGAUGGGCGCACAGACAAGGAGCUGCUGCGGCAGAUGGAGGGCAAGUACGCGGACGUCCCCGUGCGGCCCCCCGAGAGCAGCACCCACGUUCAGGAGCUGUACCAGGAGUGGCUGGAUGGGGCCGACUCCCCCAGAGUCCAGGAGGCCCUGCACACCGUGUACCAGGGCCCAGGGCUCCCUGCUGCCAGCCGAGACAUCAAGUGGUGAAGGUGGGCAAGGAGGUGGCCCCGCCAGCUGCCCAGGGAGGGAACCACUGGGAGAAGGCCGCUCUGCCCCUCAGUCGUUCCUGUGCUUUCUGGAGCUCUUUCCUCCUGUGUGUUGGUGGCUCCCUCCCUCGGUCCGACGUGGUGCUAUCUUCAUAACAUGUGCGACUGGCAUAUUUUAACACAGGAAAAGGAUUGCCCCAAUUUAAUAUACUUUUAUCUUAAGACUGAAAAAUAUCCCAAAGAACAAAAAUAGAGACAGACCACUAUCUUUUAGCCUUCAACAAAAAAAUCUCAAAAGUGUCAUGUGAAGAGCUAAGACCCCAGAAGUCCAGAUUCAUUUGCCUCAGAGCAAUUUGAUGUGGAAAUAAAGACAGAAGGCGGGUAGGCUGUGGGGUGGUGGGGCCACGGUCCACGGUCUGCCCCACUUGGCUUUUACUUUACCCACUCACGUUACUCCUGAAAACGUCAGAACGUGAAUAAAUUGCAUCCUUUCAGAAUCGGGGGCUCAUGUACGAAGCUGGCUUUCCAGAUGUUCUGAUGGCGUAGGCCACGCUCCUUGCCGCCGUGGUUGUCACAGAUGGUAGCAGCUCCCUCCUGGGACCAGACCCCAAUCAGGGGGCCCCAGACUUGUACUUUUACACUGAGCCUCAAGGCCGGCCUGGGAGGCCUGGCAAGGGGGACAGAAAGAUGGAGGACAGACUGGCUGCCCCGCUCAAGCCAGGGUGUGUGAGCGGGAGGCAGCCACCUCAGUCCCUCCCUGGCGGGGUUAGCAGGGGACAGCCUCACCCCGCCCUUUGCUGCUUGAGGGACGGUCAUCCUGCAGCCCACGCCGCUCCUGUGAGCACCUGAAAGAAGGAACAUGAUGCAGUUUACCACGAUACAAACAAGGGCUAGCGAGCAGCCAGAAAUCUCCAGACCCGGCGCAUCACAUCUGGGCUCAUCCUCCACAGGAAGACCUCUGCAAAUGCCUCAGUUUAGAUUUUCAAAGCACUUGGAUUUGGUUAACACGAGUGAUGACCCUCGUGAGCCCUCCAUGCCGCGGGCCCAUUCCGGGCGGGCUCCAUUUCCCUCAUCGUGCUCCGUAUCGUAUCGUACCCAUAGACCUGUCCAGGUUAAUAGCGGGAUAGUGUGUGAAACUGCACAUUUUUCCUUUCAGUCUGUUCAUACUCGGGUUUCAUCCUCCAGGGUAACUAUGGAAUAAACAGUUGCAGAACGUG